UCUUUGCGCUUUCUGGUGCGUUUUUCGAUGCAUUAUAUUCCAAAUCGAUUGGAAUUGAAUUAUGGGCUUCUUUUAAAUAUGAGAUCUUGCUUCGUUGAAAUGACUUGUGGUCUCUCUCUGUUUUGUAUUCAAGCAGAAUUUACCCGAAUUCUCAUUGUUGGUCAUUCGUUCGUUUGGACAAUGAGAGGAAAUAUAUUUAUUUAGUAGAAUCAAGGAUAAUUAAUUCCGCCGCCCCUGAGGGUGUGGGGGGUCGGUUUUCUUUCUUGAUAGAUAAUCCACCGUUAUAAAAGAGAGGGUUAGUGAUAUGAGGGAUCCUGUACACAAAUUUGCGGGAAAAUACAGUUUAGUUUUUUUGUCUCUUAUAAUUUUGUACUUAUGAACUAUUUUCUGUUUUUCUUUAUAUGGAUUAACUGAAGCACUCAAAUGGGCGAUUUUUGGGGUCCUGAUUUGAUAAGUGAUCUUCCUCAAAGUAUUAUAGAGAGUAUUCUGGUAAGAUUGCCGAUAAGAGAUGCCGUUAGAACAAGCAUUUUGUCGAGUAAAUGGAGGUACAAAUGGAAUGGCAUCACUAAAAUUGUGAUUGAUGAAAAAUGUGUUCCUUCCGGUAAUGAUCCAACUAUUGUUGAGAAAAGCCUUAUAAAGUUCGUCAACCAGCUGCUCUUUCUUCACCAAGGUCCAAUACAUAAGUUUCAAAUCACGAAUUCAUACUUGCAGAGCUGCCCAGAAAUAGAUCAGUGGGUUCUUUUUCUUUCAAGGAAUGAUUUAAAAGAAUUGGUUCUGGAAUUAGGUGAAGGUGAAUGGUUUAGAAUACCAUCAUGUCUUUUCAAUUGUAAGAAAUUGACUCGCUUGGAGCUCUUCCGCUGUGAGUUGGAACUUCCUCUUACCUUUAAAGGAUUUUUGUGUUUAAAGACUCUCAUCCUUCAUCAAGUUCUGAUAUCUCCUGAAGCAAUUGAGAGUCUUAUUUCCAGUUGCUCACUUUUGGAGAGUUUAUCACUGUCAUACUUUGAUAGUUUAGCUCUCACUAUUCAUGCCCCAAAUCUCCUAUACUUGUAUCUUGAAGGUGAAUUUAAGGAUCUAUGUCUUGAAGACACCCCACUUCUGGUUGAUAUAUCUGUUGCUAUGUAUAUGACUGACGACAUUGCUGAGCACUUUGAGCAAAGUUCAAGUUGCAAUUUUACCAAGUUUCUAGGUGGUGUGCCUAAUCUUGAGAGGCUCGCUGGGCAUAUCUACUUUACAAAGUAUUUGAGCAUAGGCAAUGAUCCAGGAAAGCUACCAGUAACAUAUCGCAAUUUAGAGACUGUUGAAUUAUAUCAAGUAAGUUUUGAGGAUAUGAAAGAGAUACUUGUGGUCCUUCGCCUUAUUACAAGCUCUCCCAAUCUAAAAGAGCUUCAAAUUUCAGUAAGUCCUUGUAUAUAUAUGAUGCUAAGAAGCAUUUACACUAACCUGCAUAUGAGAUACGGCAUAGAUUGUACACUUAAACAGCUUAAAGUUGUGAAGUUAACAGAUAUGUGUGGUGUACCGCAUGAGAUGGAAUUAAUCAAGUUUUUGCUUGCCAACUCACCUGUGCUUGAAACCAUGAGCAUUGUUCCCUGUAUCUAUGUAAUGGAAAGUCAAUUGAAAAUGUUGAUUGAGUUGGUGAGAUUUCGACGAGCUUCUGCUCGCGCAGAAAUCAUUUUUGUUCGUGAUUAGAUUUGUAUAGACCAUCUUAUCAAAUGCAUUCUUUCCCUCCCUUUCCCCAUAUAUUGUCUUUAUCUUUUCAUC